AUGUCCAACGCUGUCCCCGCCGACGCCGCUGAAGGGUCGACCCGGUCCCGCUCUACUUCAGCUUCGCCACCACCUCAACUCGACCCGGCCACAUUAGCCAUCCUCGCUGGAUUCCUUCACGAAAAGGACGAGGCAGAUCGACAGUUUCAAGAGUUGUCCGAGCGCGUAGACAAGCGCAGGAAAGCCGCCCGAGCCGCCGGUGAGGACGGCGAGGACGGCGAGGACGCUCAGGGGCACAGUGCGGACCACGGGGAGGAAGCCGACAAGGCACCGAUGAUGACUGUGGACGAGUUUCGGAGGCUCUUUGGUGAAGAUUGGCAACUGUCGCAAUUCUGGUUUGUUUUCGAACCUGGCCACCAAGAAGCGCGUCGGGGCCUUCAAAUCUGACAUCCAGAACUGUGCGAAAACUCGCCCUUUCCACCGUCGGGCAUCGUAGGUACUCCCAAGCGUUUGCGACCACACUGGCCCAUUAUAUCCGGUCCUUGUGCCCUUCAACAUCAACCCGCGUCGCCUUCUUGUGCUGUCCGACAGGAUACGUCGGCUUUCAACACACGAAUCCUCUUCCUCGGACCUUGCUGCUCGAAUACGACAAGCGCUUCGAGCUGCUCGACCCGGACCAAUUCGUGCAUUACGAUAUCGAUGAGCCAGAAGAUGUUCCGGAAGGUAUCAAAGGCACGGUCGAUAUCGCCAUUUGUGAUCCACCGUUCUUGAACGAGGUCGGUCUCGCGGUCUUUCUCUCGACGAAAACUCUAGUUUUCCCGAGCUCAUCCUCUCCAUUUCUUAACGAAACUGAACCCCAUAGGUAACAAAUCGAAAACUGGCCAAGACUCUCAAGCAGAUCUUGAAACCCGAUAGCAAACUUCUUCUCUUGACAUCCACAUCAGUGGAGCAUCUGUUCGAUCAGAUUUACACCGAGGCACCCUUGGGUCCUUUGAUCAAGACAGAUAUCCAGGUUGGGCAUGCUGGAGGGAUACAGAACAACUUUGGAGUGUGGAGGAACUGGUCGGAUUAG